ACAGUUCUUGUCAUGGAUACCAUGGAUUGCAGACCUGGUUAUACUUUAUUAAGACUUCAACAAAAAGGUAGGAUCUGGUACAGCAGAGAAAUCUUGAAUGCAAUGACAGAAUUCAAGAGGUCCACGUAUCUGUCAAGUGUUGCUUUCUUGAGUAAUUAUUUAGACAUAGUCGGUGGUCGUCAACAUGGACCGUGCUCCACCAGUUUAUGUAAAAAUAGUCUUGGAAAACACGAAACAGAUAAAGCAAUUUCUUUCCGUUGUCAGUCUUGGCCUGACGAUCUAAGUGACUUUAGGUAUCGUACAAUACAAGGUGGGUGGCCAUCAAGACAGGUGGUUAACUCUAUAGUUCAAAAUGGUUGCCACUUUGUCGCAAUUGGCGACAAACAUUCGAGUCUCUCUGCAUUACAGUGGCGGAUUUCUUUCACUAAAGCUGAAACAGCUCUCGUGGUUUCAUUUAAUCAUGUACAAUUAAAAACGUAUGCUUUGCUGAAAAUCUUUCUUAAAGAGUGCAUUGAUCGUGAUCCAUUCAUACAGGAUUUGCUUUGUUCUUACUUCAUGAAGACAAUUGUGUUCCAUGCGAUAGAACAUUCCAGACCUUCUAUGUGGGUGGAAGGAAAUCUUAUCCAGUGUUUUUGGCAUUGCUUUACCAUACUUAUGGAGUGUAUACAAACCGGAUAUCUACCUAACUACUUCAUUCUCUCUCACAACAUGUUUCUUUCUAACGUUACUGGAGACAAUAGGGAAAGAUUACUACAUGUAAUGACUGGAUACCAGUGUAUGGGAUGGACUUGUCUGCUUCAAUGUCCGAGUCUUCAGUGUUUGACUGAAGCAGUAAAUGAAAGCAACUCUGUAUAUCAUUUAUGUAAUCAUCGUGUGUCGGUGAUGAAUGAAAUUUGGCAGGACUCAACUAUACUUCCUACGCUUGAUAUGAUAACAAGUGAUACUCUUACCAUGAAAAUAGUACAUAAUGUGUUCUUGAAAUGUUCUGAUGACAUCCUGUGUGAUACAGCGUUACUUUAUUUUACCAAAUCAAUGACAAACUUUUCUAUGCAGGCAAUUGUAGACUUGACAAAUCGUGACGAUAACACUAACAAAGUUGUCUAUAACCAGAUCAGACGACACAAACGAUUACUUCAUGCGUCAUCAGCCACAUUCGCCUGUGAAGGACAUAUAUCUCUAGCUACAUUUUACUACAAUGUUGGUUGUUACAACAAAGCCUCUGAAGUUGCAAUGGACGUCGUAAUUGCUUGUCAACAAACGGCAUUAGCACAGAAACAUGGUAUGAUCGAGGAGCACAUUCCUGAAAGAUAUGGUAGAGGAUACACACUUUUACAGAGAGCGAAACGUUUCCACGUAUUGGAUUACGUAAUUGAUAGAGAGUAUAACAGACUUUACCCAUCAGAAUUAUAUUUAGAAGUUCAAACAACUGAGGACAGAAUUUCCCUCCCACCAUUGCCUUAUGCGAUCUUCCUUCUUGUAUUGUGUACCUACAGACUCGGUAACAAUGACCAGUCGCGGAUAAUCCUCGAUGAUCUCCUGGCUGUACGGAGCAAUUUAAUCUACGGAGUAUGCAAUUACCCUAUAUUACACAAUGUAAUUGGGAUAUGCUACCAACUGCUCGGGGACGUAAGACAUGCCAUCCAGGCAUUUGAGGAAUCAAUCAAACGAUUGGCAGACAAUUCAGCGGCGCAUAUUAGGAUAAACUACCUACGAUCGAACUGUAUGCACAAACAAAAUAAAACAGCCUCGUCUUCUUUGGAUUACUGCAACAUUCCAUGUCGAUAUCCUUGUAUUGACGAAGAGGACGAAGAUAAUGAUGAAGUGCUCUUCUAUCAUAAAGCUAUGUACAAUUUUGAUCCAGCAAGUUUUGUUGAUAUGUCUUGGUUUAAAACUGUGGACGAGGUCUUUUAG